AUGACGGAUUAUAAAUUCCUACGGGCACGAUUGAAACAUGAACGAAACUGGCUUGAAAAGCACUACAACGGGGAAAAAUUCCCAUGGCAUUGGAGAAUGGGUGUAUUCGAACGAAUGGGUGUAUUCGAACAAAUGGCUGUAUUCGAACGAGACAUAAAGACGAGCCGGAAUAAUGUCUGUAAAUUACGUAUUUUGGUAGGGGAAAAUUAUCCCAACCAACUACCCAAUUUGGUUGUAUGUGCUUCGCCAAAACCGAUGCCCAAAUCUUCAGAAUGGCAAGGAACACAUACGACUCAUACUUGGCCACAGAAACAUGGACUUUUGCAGAUUUGUUUCUCUCGUCAUGUGUGUUGGACGCGGGAAAAUAAACUGUAUCAGGUUUUUGAGAAAGGCAAGCAAUGGCUAGAAGCGUACGAAGAGCAUCUUGUGACUGGUAAACCCAUGAACGAAUUGUUGCUUCCGAUGGAGCCAACGGAAGAAGAACUUCAGGAAGAGGAGUGUCGUAAGGCAGAAUAUGAACGUCGUAUGGCAGAAUAUGGACGUCGUAUGGCAGAAUUUGAUCAGAAGAUACUUGGCCUGAAAUAA